AUGAAAAAUGGAAGAGGCGUCCACAAGCAGCCGUUUCGACUCCUAGGGCUGGUGUGCACGAUAAUAAUGUACCUAGGAAUAUGCGCGAGUGAGAAGCAGAGCACCGAUGGAAGUCACCUUUACAAGUCGGUCGUUAUUGACGCAGGGUCCACAGGAACGAGGGUCCACAUAUACAACUACAAAAUACUGGAUGAAAAAAAAGGAAUCAACAUACACAUUCCAUCAAUCAGUUAUAGAACUACCCCAGGGAUUGUGUAUCUCCUAAAUAACUACUUUUCAAAUGAUGAAAAAGUACCUUUUUAUGAGUAUUUUAAAAAUAUAAAAGAAUUUUUGUAUGAACAUGUUCAGGUAAACGAAAGAUCAAGCACAUCCAUCAUGAUUCGUGCAUCAGGAGGAUUCAGACUACUUAGCAUAACCGAGUCGGAAAAGUAUAUAAAUUUUUUAAAGGAAUAUUUUUUAAGUAACUUUAGCGACUUUCUACUAAUUGAUGAGUUACUGAUAAAAGUGCUAAGUGGAAAGGAAGAAGCUAUUUUGUCCUUCGUCUCAAUUUAUGCCCUUCUGGAGAAGUUCAACCCCAGUCCUGUAACUUUUACCAAUUUGGAGAAGUCGCCAAAUGGGGAGAAUGUCUCUACCAUAUCGGAGGUGCCCACAGGAAAGGGUUCUCAAGGAAAUAAUUUGACACAAGUGACCAAUGGGGCGGACGACAUUAUAGGCGUCCUAGAGCUAGGGGGCGCCACCGCGCAGGUCGUAAUCAAAUUUCCUCUGUCCAAGAUGAAUGAAGACAUUAAAAAUUUAUUUAAUUAUAAACAUAGUGAAAAAAGGAAGAAGAGUGUGAUAGAGGAAAAUUAUAAAAAUAAGAACGUCGUGAAAAUUCACCUCUUCGAUGAUGAUAUUUAUCUUUAUUGCAAAAGUUACCUCGUCUUGGGGAGGCAAAAUGCCAUGAAGACCUACCUACAUUACAUUAUUCAUCAGCACAACAGGGAUGACCACGUAGACGGCAAAGGCUUCACCGAAGGGGAGAAGAACUCCCAAGUUGUUAUGAAUGCACAGAGGAAUGCAAAUGAUAAAAAUAAAUUCAUUCCAGUUGCAUGCUUUCCGAAGAACUUCAAAUUCUAUGUAAAUAAUUUAUACGAGACAUCCAUUGAGGAGGAACUCCACGAGUACGACGGGACGACGGAGAUGAGUGAAGAUGACUACAUUGCCGUGGGUACGGGGAAUAUCGACUUAUGUAGGUCGCAAAUACAGACCAUCCUUAAUUAUUCGCAGAUUGACGAUCUUCCAUUUAAGAUAAAGCGUUUCAUAAAGCUCUACGGUAUUGAGAACUUCCAUCACUUUGCCAUAGAUAUUCUGAAUCUUCCGGAAAGCUUUGACCCCAUUUCACUAGACUCAAAUAUGUAUUUGGAGAAGGCCAAGGAAAUAUGCCCGCUGACCAUUGAGGAAAUUGUGAAGGUGGUACGACCAGGCGCGAACAUCGAGAAGGCGCAGACGUCCUGUUUCGGACUGAUAUUCCUGUACGAGUUCAUGCGAUACAUCCUGAAGAUUGACCAACCCAUAGCGUUCCAAUCGACCAACUACAUAAACAAAAUUAGCAUCACCUGGACAGUGGCCGUUCUGCUAAUGGAGCUCCCGGCCCACUUGCACACAAUUAAAAAGCAGACAAAGGAAACCUAUCUCAACGAUGAACUGUGA